AUGGAACACGCCCGACCACCGUCAGAAUUGAGUCUGGAAGGCAACUCCGUCAGCCGGGCUGACGCAUGGAAGCGUUGGAGGAAACAAUUUCAUCUAUUUUUGAAAGCAUCAGGGGUGCAUAAAGAAGAAGGCAGUGUGCAAGCCAGCUUGCUCAUCAAUUUAAUUGGAACGGAAGGUUUCGAUGUGUACGAGACGUUUAAGUUUUCAAAUGACACUGAAAAAGAUGACGUAACGGUUUUGUUAAAAAAAUUCGACGAAUACUUCGGCGUCAAACCGAAUGUUACGUUGGCGAGAUAUAAUUUCUACAUGAGAAACCAGGAAGGCGGCGAGUCCAUAGAUCAGUAUGUGACGGCUUUGAAACUGCUGAGCAAAACCUGUGAAUUUAAAACCUUAGAAGAGGAAUUCAUUCGCGAUCGGAUCGUAUGCGGCAUAAAAAAUACGAUAGUUCGCGAUCGUUUACUGAGAACGGACGACCUAACGAUGGACAAAGCUAUUAAAAUAUGCCAAGUCGACGAGGUAUCGGCGGACAGCAGUCGCGUAUUGCAGGAGUCGCGCGGAGCGAGCGCGGGGCCGGUGCGCGUGGACGCUGUGGGCGCGCGGGGUGGUGCUGGGCGAACGCGGGGCCGAGCCGGCGGCGCGCGAGCAGCUCGCGGCGGCCGCGGCGGUCACCGGCUGCGUGCGGUCCCGGAUGGCGCGAGGCGCCCGCCGCCUCUUUCCAGUGCAUCUGCGUCCAGUACUUGUCUCAGGUGCGGAGGUCCGUGUGUUACUUGGGCUGACUGUCCUGCGGUCUCAGUGCAGUGUUAUGUGUGUCAAAAUUAUGGACAUUUUGCAAGAAUGUGUCAAGUACAUAAAGGUGUAAAAAAGUUAUAUGAUAUCGGUGUUCUAGAGGACGAAAAUAAAUACGAGCCGGAACUGGACGAUGAUUGGGAGUCGUUUUAUAUAUCUACUUUAAUUGAUGGUUCCAAAAUCGACUCGGUGUCGCAGGAUUGGUUUGAGGUCCUCCGAGGAGAAUGGGGCUCGGAAAAUUUUAAACUAGACUCGGGUGCAGAUAUCAAUGUCUUAUCUUUUAAGCGAUUUGUGCAGUUAGGCAAUAACCCUAAUAACAUUGUUGUAAAUCAUAAGGUUAAACUGCAAUCUUACAGUGGCGAUUUCAUUCCUAUUAAGGGAAUUUGUAAUAUUAAAUGGUGGUAUAAAAAUGUUCAAUAUGAUCUUAAGUUUGCGAUAGCUGAUAUUGAUUGUCAAAGUGUACUGGGACUGCAGGCGUGCUUAUUAUUAGGGUUAAUAAAAAGAAUUCACGAUAUAAAUUUCUCUAAAAAUAGUGAUUUGUUCACUGGGUUAGGUUGUUUACCGGGGGAAUAUCAUAUAACGGUAGAUAGGGAUGUGACGCCGGUGGUGUGCGCUCCGCGGAAAGUACCGUUAAGCCUUCGUGAUAACUUGAAGGACGAACUCGAUAGGAUGACAGAGUUAGGUGUGAUUAGGAAGGUGACUCAUCCGACACCUUGGGUCAACUCGUUAGUAGUAGUGGCCAAGACAAAUGGUAAAAUGCGCAUAUGCCUAGACCCGAGGCCUCUCAAUAAGGCGAUUCAACGUGCUCAUUUUCAACUACCCACCAUAAAUGAGUUGGCUACCAAAUUGAAUGGGGCUAAAUAUUUUUCGGUAUUGGACGCCAAUUCAGGAUUUUGGUCCGUAAAGCUAGAUAAGGAGAGUGCCGAUUUAUGCACAUUUAUUACGCCGUUUGGGCGAUAUCAAUAUCUAAGAUUACCGUUCGGACUGAACUGCGCACCGGAGGUAUUCCACGCUAAAUUAAAACAAUUGUUAGAAGGUUUAGACGGUGUUGAGUCGUUUAUUGAUGAUAUUAUUGUCUGGGGGUCCACUAGGCGAGAACAUGAUGUAAGACUAAAUGCGUUAUUUCAAAAAGCGCGAGAUAUUAAUUUAAAGUUUAACAAAGAUAAGUGUCGCAUUUGUGUCGAUGAGGUGACAUAUUUGGGACAUAUUUUUAAUAAAGACGGAAUGAAAGUAGAUACGGAAAAAGUGCGGGCUGUAAUCAAUAUGCCGGAACCUACGGAUUGUAAAAGUUUAGAAAGGUUCUUGGGUGCAAUUAAUUAUUUAUCAAAGUUUAUACCUAACUACUCGCAACACAUAUUUCCAUUGACUAGAUUAUUGAAAAAAGAUGUCGAGUGGUGUUGGGAAAUAGGUCACAAAAACGCCUUUGAUAAAUUAAAGAAACUGAUAUGCGAGGCUCCGGUAUUAUCGUUGUUUGACGUAGGCAGUGAGGUAUUGUUGUCGGUGGACGCGAGCAGCGUCGCACUUGGCGCGGUGCUGAUGCAGCGCGGCCGCCCGGUCGAGUACGCGUCGCGCACACUCACCGACACACAACAGAGAUACGCUCAGAUUGAAAAAGAAAUGUUAGCUAUUGUCUUUGCUUGUGAAAAAUUUCACCAGUACAUUUAUGGAAAAAGGUAUAUAGUCAUAGAAACUGACCAUAAACCUCUUGAAAGUAUUUUUAAAAAGCCGCUCAAUUCAGUCCCAGCACGCUUGCAGCGUAUGAUGUUAAAAUUACAAGGGUACGAUCUGAAAAUUACUUAUAAACCGGGGAAGUAUAUGUAUAUACCCGACACGUUAUCACGUGCGCCUCUUCCGGAUUUAUAUGACGAUAAAAUUAGUAAGGCAGUAUUGAACCAAUUGAAAAUGGUAAUUAACAAUGUACCGAUGUCUCAAAGCAAACUGACAUUAGUUAAGAAAGAAACUAGUAAAGAUGAGUAUUUGAAACGUUUGUUAGUUUACAUUAAUGAAGGUUGGCCCGUUCAUAAAUAUAAUGUUGAUAGUGAUUUAAAGUAUUUUUGGUCCAUGAGAGACGAGCUGUACUCUGUUGACGGAGUAAUUUUUAAAGAUAAACAGGUAUUGAUACCUAACUCGCUUAAAACUGAAAUGUUAAAAAUAAUUCAUGACGGCCACCUAGGGAUAGAUCGUUGUAAAAGACGCGCACGUGAGGUACUGUUCUGGCCGGGUAUAUCGAAUGACAUAGAAUCAUAUAUUAAAAAAUGUAAGGUUUGUCAGGAGAAUUCAAAUAAACCAAGUAAAGAGCCCAUGAUUCCGAUAACUGUUCCGAAACUGCCAUGGAACAAAGUUGGUACCGAUCUAUUCGAGUACGGAAAAAAACAUUACUUGAUUUUAGUGGAUUACUAUUCGGGAUUUAUUGAAGUCUCACAGUUAAGAGAUACGUCGUCAAACUCUGUUAUAAAAGAAUUAAAACAGAACUUUGCUCGCUAUGGCAUUCCGGAAACGGUUGUUAGCGAUAACGGUCCCCAAUAUUCUUCUCGAAAUUUUAAAAAGUUCGCAGAAGAGUGGGGCUUCAAUCAUAUUACUUCAUCACCGUAUUACGCACAAUCAAACGGCAAGAGUGAGAGGACAAGCAGCUACGUGGUGGAGUGGCGUCAAAGGUGA